CAUGAACUUCUUAAACAACUCAAGCCGCAUCAGUGAUGUAUAUGCAGAAAUACAGUACUGUUAUGACUCUGUGAGCGGAUCAUGCAAGAAGAAUGUCCAGCCUCUAAACAUUCAGUUUUCCAUGUUUGCUUUCAUGGCCUUUGCUAUACUGGUCACAGUAACUGGGAAUCUUCUGGUUAUAACAUCUAUAGCGCAUUUUAAACAGCUGCACACCACCACAAACUGCCUCAUUCUCUCACUGGCGGUUUGUGACUUUUUGUUGGGGGUCUUCAUCAUGCCGUGCAGUGCGAUGCGAUCGGUCUACAGCUGCUGGUACCUGGGAGACUUUGUGUGCAAGCUCCACACCAGCACGGACAUCAUGCUCAGCACCUCCUCCAUCUUCCACCUCUCCUUCAUCUCUGUAGAUCGUUACUUUGCUGUCUGCACCCCACUUCUGUACCGCUCCAUAGUCAACUCUGUCACUGCUCUGCUGAUGAUCAUAACCAGCUGGGUCUUCCCAGCCAUCUUCGCCUAUGGGAUGAUCUUCUCAGGCCUCAACAUGAAAGGCAGUGAGCACUUCUUUGAGACACAGGUGCAGUGUGUCGGAGGAUGCACAAUGAUCUUAAGUCCAGCAUCAGCUGCAUUCUCUACUAUUUUUGCAUUUUUCCUCCCUGGCCUCAUCAUGUUCAGCAUUUACCUCAAGAUCUACGUAGUAGCAAGACGUCAGGCCAGAUCAAUUAAAGAUCUGACACGGCAGAUUAAGGUGGAGGAUAGAAAUGGGUCUGCAGUCUCUAAGAAACAAGAAAGAAAGAAGGCAAAAACCCUGGCAGUGGUGGUGGGAGUUUUCCUCAUCUGCUGGACCCCUUUUUUCCUCUGUAAUAUUAUGGACCCCUUCAUUGGCUAUUCCAUCCCACCCACACUGAUUGAUGCCCUGUUUUGGUUUGGUUAUAUGAACUCGAGUUUCAAUCCUUUGGUUUAUGCUUUUUUUUACUCUUGGUUCAGGAAAGCUUUGAGCAUAAUUCUCAGUGGCAGAAUCUUUUACAGAGAUUCUUGUCGAAUGAAAUUAUAUUCUGAAUGAAUAAAAUUGACUAUGCAGGCGUUAUAAAAAACUUAAUGCAUCUUCUUUUUCCAUCAUAUUUAAACUCUAAACUGUGUUAUAUUGGGAAGCUGAAUUAAAUCUCUUGCAAGCGCGUGAUGAAUUGCUAGAAAAGUACAGCUACAGCUAUCAAGAUAACAAAAGCUUUCAAAAAACAUCUCCAAAAAGGUCUCUGAUCCAUUUCUCAAGACUAAAUACAACAAACAAGCUGUUUUAAAAUGAAAAAGAGCAAUUUCAUAUGGUCACCAUCUCUGCAGAAUAUAUUGGGUUGAUAGUUGAGUGAUUUCUUUGUAUUUGUGUGUGCAUAUGGGGGCGGCAUGGUGGUGCAGUGGUUAGCUCUGUUGCCUCACGCCUCUGGGACCCCGGUUCGAGUCUCUGCCUGGGUCACAUGUGUGUGGAGUUUGCAUGUUCUCCCCAUGUCUUCGUGGAGUUCCCUCUGGGGUCUCCGGUUUCCCCCCACAGUCCAAAAACAUGCUGAGGCUCAUUGGAGUUAGUAAAUUGCCCGUAGGUGUGCAUGUGUGAGUGAAUGGUGUGCGAGUAUGCCCUGCGAUGGGCUGGCCCCCCAUGCUGGGUUGUUCCCUGCCUCGUGCCCAAUGCUUCCGGGAUAGGCUCCGGACCCCCCGUGACCAAGUAGGAUAAGCGGUUUGGAAAAUGGAUGGAUGGAUGGAUGUGUUUAUAUGCUGACAUAACUGUAAAAGACCAUGUGGCUGACAGAGUAACUACAUCAUAUUUGGGGCCUUCGUUAUCUCCCUUAACCCCACUGCUACAAGGACCCGACAUUAACGCCUAAGACCAUCCUCUGACCCCCCCACCCUGUAUACAGUAUAUGUGCUACAAAAAAAUGGGUUUUAAGAUGUAUAGCAUAUUCAGACAGAGUAGCAUGUAGGACGUAAACCCUUUACUACACCUUAACACACACCAUAAAAAUGUUACCAUGUUAUCAAUUAUUUAUUUCCUAAUCUCUGUAGAUGUGUAAUAUUAUCCUGGUAUUUCUUACUACACUCGUUAUGAUGUGACUGUCGCCCCUCUGCCCUCUCAGUCCGUCACCUUCAUCACCUACGGAUUCUGUCCUUCACAGUUUGCUUUAUUUUGUUUGGAAGGUUCUUAAUUUUUUUCUUUCUUUGCAUACAUUCUGUGUAAUCUCUGUAUUGCCACCUUUGAUUGGGAG